GAAGAAGGCAGCGGAACUGGCUAGCCGCGCUAACGUUAUGUCGGCAACCUCCAGGGCGGUUCUGGGAGUUUCGGUGGUUCUGACUCUGAGCACCGUGGUCGGCGUGCACGCCAAGCAGGCCUGGGACCGAGAGCGCCUCCACCAGGGUGUAGUCCGGGAUCUGGAGCGUCUGGAGCGGAAGAAGGAGAACCUGAGGCUACUGGAGGAGCAGCAAGUUUUGACCCGACACCUGGAGGAGGAGAGGCGGCGCCGUGAGAGCGAAUCCCGCCCACAGGGCACCUGA